GUUUGCUCUUUAAAUAUUAAAAAUAUUUACACAGCAGUGCUGUCCUUGUUUGAGUUUAAAAGGCAGUUUCAGCUGCCUUGAUUGCACUCUGGUAGGAGGCAUAAUGGAGAGAAGUGUGGUGCAAAUCACUCUCUUUGGACUGCUGCUGUCUUUGGCCUCCACACUGCCAAACAAGGAUGACUGGGACAUCUACAGCUUUCACAUAAACUCCACAGUGACCAGUCGUUAUGCCACCACUGUCAUCACAAGCCGUGUGGCCAAUCGUAUGAACGAGUCAAAGGAAAUUGAAUUCCAUGUUCGGAUUCCCAAGAAUGCCUUCAUCAGUAAAUUUCGAAUGUUUAUCGAUGGCCAAGUUUAUGAUGGUGUUGUGAAAGCUAAGGAGCAAGCUCAGCAACAGUACUCUGAAGCUGUGUCCCGUGGUGAAAGUGCUGGACUUGUCAGUUCUGUAGGAAGGACUCUGGAGGAAUUUAAGACCUCUGUAACUGUGGCUGCUCACAAAAAGGUCACUUUUGAACUCACAUAUGAGGAAUUAAUGAAACGAACACGUGGCAAGUACGAGCUGCAAAUUCAUGCUCGACCCAUGCAGCCUGUCAGUGACUUCAAGGUGGAUGUGCACAUUCAAGAAGAAGCUGGCUUCAGUUUCAUCGAUGUGAAAGGAGGCCUGAGCACCAAAGCCCUCGCUAAUGCCAUCACUAAAACACACACAGAUAAAGAGGCGUGGGUGUAUUUCUAUCCAACAGUUGACCAACAGAAGAUGUGUGACAGCUGUAGUGAUCAGGGUAUGAAUGGAGAUCUAGUUAUUAUUUAUGAUGUCAACAGGGACAAUGGACUAGGACACAUCAAGAAAUCUGACGGAUACUUUGUUCAUCACUUUGCUCCAUCUGAUCUUCCUCGAGUGCCAAAAAAUGUCGUCUUUGUUAUUGAUCAGAGUGGCUCAAUGAGUGGCAGAAAAAUACUCCAGACUAGGACCGCAUUAAUCCACAUUUUGAAUGAUCUGGCAGAAGAUGAUCACUUUGGUCUGAUCACUUUUGAUGGCAGCAUUUUGCACUGGAAGCGAGAACUCGUUCAGGCCAACAGCAAAAACCUGGAAAGCGCCAAAAACUUUGCAAGCAAUAUACAAGCUAGAGGAUCCACAGAUAUAAAUGAAGCAGUGUUGCAAGGAGCACGUAUGCUGAAUGAUCAUAGCAGAGAAGGUUCAGCAUCUAUUCUGAUACUUCUUACAGAUGGAGACCCAACCUCAGGGGUGACAAACCUGGAGAAUAUUCAGUCAAAUGUAAGACAAGCUAUUGCAGGCAAAUUCCCACUGUACUGUCUUGGUUUUGGUUUUGAUGUUGAUUUUAAGUUCCUUGAGAAAAUGUCGCUGCAAAAUAAUGGUGUGGCACGGCGGAUAUAUGAAGACUCUGAUGCUGAUUUACAGCUGAAGGGUUUCUAUGAAGAGGUGGCCACACCUCUAUUAACAGACGUGACAAUGAUCUAUGUUGGUGGGACCAAUCUAACCCAGACUAACUUCAGCCAGUAUUAUAAUGGUUCUGAGAUUGUGGUGGCCGGUGAGAUCACAGAUAACAAUAUUGAAACCUUCACCCCUCAAGUUGUGGCCAUUUCGAGUAAUAGAAGAAUAAUAUUCUCUAAAUCAAAUAAAACCGUGGAAUCCACUGGAACAGUGUCUGAUGACCGUAUCCAGAGGGUUUGGGCGUACCUCACAGUUAAGCAGCUACUAGACAAAGAGCUUCAGUUAUCGGGACCGGAGAAAGAGAAAGUAAAGAAGGAGGCUUUGGAGCUGUCACUGAAGUACAGUUUUGUGACUCCUCUCACAUCUAUGGUGGUCACAAAGCCUCCAGGAGAGAACACAGAUGUGCUUCAUAAACCAAAGGAAGGUGAAACACCACAGAGAUGGCAGCCCCGUGUAGAUCAGUCCUUUUCAAGACAAUAUUUGGCUCCUAGUAGUCGCGGUUCAUCUGGAGGGGUUAUUCACGACAAUCCAGUAUGGAGACCCGUUUCCAGGCAACUCAACCAUCACUCACAUCUUGCGUCAGAUGUGAUGAGCAAACAAUCCAUUGGAGGCUAUGGAGGAUACAGUUUAUCAGGUACAGUGCUAAACAAAUUUAUUAGACCAUCACCCAAUGCAAGGUUUAUGUAACGGCUGCUCUAAAUUAACAGAAUUGUAACUACCAAAACAUUUUUUUUAAUGCCAAGGUAACAUAAUUAACUCACAUUCCUGAACAGAAAAAUAAGUUUAGUUCUUGAAAAUUAUGACUUCUCUGAGAAGUUCAGUUAAUUCAGUCAUUUUUUAAACUAGCUUUUAACAGAUUUCUCAAACUCUAGUCUCUAUAAGUUCAAUGUUCAAGAAACUGAACUACCUUCUAAUUCAGUUGUUUCUAAUGAUUAAAAAAAAAAUAAUAAAA